GCAGAAUGGGGUGAGUUUGGGUAAGCUCGCACGGGGCGGGCCCUUACCUUCCCCUCCGAAUAAAACGGGCUGAGAGGAUGUCUGCCGUGCUGGAGGAGCGCAGUCCUGGGAGCUGGGCAGCCGACUCUUGUCGUCCACGUCGCGUAGUCACUACAGCCUGAGGGAGACAUGGUCAGUGGCGGCACCAAGGCGCCCAUCAUCCUCGGGGUGGUCGGCCUGCUGCUGGUGGCGUUAGGGGCGCUGCUGAUAUUUUUGGUCCCUGUUAUCAUGAAGCAACAAGUGGAGAAGAAUGUCCGUAUCGACCCCAGCAGUGGCUUUGCUUAUGAAAUGUGGAGGGAUCUCCCAGUACCCUUCUUCAUGUCAAUCUAUGUUUUUGAAGUAAUGAAUCCUAAAGAAAUUACUUUGGGAGAGAAACCAAGGGUUGAAGAACGUGGGCCUUACGUUUAUAGAGAGCGCAAACAGAAAACAAACAUAACUUUCAAUGAAAAUGGAACCGUAUCGUUUGUGGAAACGAGAAGUUUCCAGUUUGAUCGUGAAAAGUCUGCAGGAAGCGAAGAUGAUUAUGUAUUGGUCCCAAAUCUUAUUGUCAUGAUUUCUUCACUGAUGACAAAGGAUAUGUCCUAUGCUGUUAGAUUUAUGCUCAAUGCUGCAUUUUUAGUAUACAACCAAGAGCCGUUCAUGAACCGUACUGUGAAGGAAGUCUUGUGGGGCUACAGUGACCCAUUCCUGGAUUUUGUAAAUACGAUCGUACCGAACGCCUUACCCUUCAAAGGGAAGUUUGGCUUGUUUGCAGAUUUCAAUAAUUCAAACACUGGUGUCUUUACCGUGAACACUGGGGUAGAAGAUAUCAGCAAGGUCCAAAUGUUAGACACAUGGAAUGGACUCAGAGAGGUUGCUUACUGGCACUCUGAGCAGGCCAAUAUGCUCAAUGGUACUGCUGGUCAGAUGUGGCCCCCGUUUCGGACCCCCUCCCAACCUUUAGAAUUUUACAGCCCGGACGCUUGCAGAACCAUGAAAUUGGUGUACGAAAAAGAGGAAUCCUUUCGAGGUAUACCGACCUACCGAUACACCGCCCCAAACUAUCUUUUUGCAAAUGGAUCGGACUAUCCUCCAAAUGAGGGGUUUUGCCCAUGUGUGGCAUCUGGAGUGAUGAACGUCAGUUCCUGUCGGUUUAAUGCCCCACUCUUUCUGUCAUUUCCCCAUUUUUACAACGCUGACCCAGGAUUUGUAGAAGCUGUGGACGGUUUACACCCUAGUGAAAAGUUGCACUCCCUCUUCCUAGACCUGCAUCCACUCACAGGGAUCCCCAUGAAUUGUUCAAUCAAGAUGCAGCUCAGCUUACUAACCAUGGGAGUCAGUGGCAUUACGCAAAUUGGGAACAUUAAGCCUGUAAUCUUUCCAAUCCUGUGGUUUUCAGAGAGUGGAUAUCUCGAUGGUCCAGUGUAUCAUACAUAUUAUAACACCCUGAUUGUGCUCCCUGCUGUACUUGACUACCUGCAAUACAUCUUCAUUGCCCUUGGUCUCUUUUUUAUACUGGUUUCAGCGGUUCUUGCAUUUGCAAAAAAGGAAAAAUUCUGCUUAUUUUGGCGUAGUAAUAAAAAGCUUGAUGAAAAUUAUGAUAUCACUAAAGCCCAAAAAGAAAAGUUGACUGCUUCUAAUGGAACUGUGGUACUGGAAGCCAAAUUAUAGGUGCGUACAAGAAAGCGGAGAACAUCUUGGAAGACACAGGUGAAAUAACUCAAGCAGAUCAAUGUUCUGACGAUGCAAAGCUUCUUGAAGAUCCAGAUUAUGAAUGACCUCAAGACUGAGAAAUCACAGUACCCAUUCUAAUGGACCCUUUGAAACAUGUUUUUAAGGGAUAGUUCUAUAAUUUCCUUUAGUGGGUACCACAUAUUACAUAAAAUGUGGAGCAAUAUCCAUGCAAAACAAGAGGAAACCCACACCAGUAAGACUGAAAUUGAAUGGCGAUGAGGGGAUUCCACAGUAAAACAUUAGGGGUUUAUGAGCUCAGUCCUAAAGACUCUGAGCUUAGCAGGAUCCUACUGCCACAGAGAUCCAAAUGUAUUGCUUUCUCAUCCACAUUGGCCAGAGAAGCAACGUGACUUGGGGACUCUGCAUAUGUGGCUUUCAGUUUUUAACACCUGAAAAAAUAAAUUUAAACACAGAAUGAAGGUACCCCUUCAAAGAACCUGGUAUAUGUUCUAGUUUAGUAGCUAAUGUCAUGCAGAAAAUAUGCAGUUUCCAGUGCCUUAGCUUUUAUUGAUAUGAUUGGAAUGCACAUCAAUCUGCGGUUUCUUCUGCUUAUUAAGACCUGAUACAUCUGUUUGUGCUGUGUGAUUACGAGGCCACUCGCAAGGGUCAUCUUGUUGUUUCUAUGGCUAAAAUUAUAGCCGCAUUAAUAUGCAGAUCUAAAAAUUGCAAGUGUAAGAGCUAUAUACUAAAGCUGGACACUACUUUAUGGGGGGGGGGGGGGGCAACAUUUUUAAAACCUUUCAGUAUUAAUUGAACCGGUUAUUGCCAACCUUCCUUUAACAAUACCCUUACAUGUAUAAACCCCUGGUGAGAAAUGGGCCUCAAUAAUGUGAUUAUGUAAUGUCACAGCGUAAUAUCAAAGCUUUGUGUUUCUCAGUUUACUGUCCUUCAAAAAAAAGUCCAAGUUGUCCAGUGUUGAGUUUACUAAGCACUUAUCUCCUCUUCAGAUGGAUAAUUUUCUCUUUUCUCACUGUUUGUCAUUCAAAGUUACAUGGUUACUAGAAGUCCAAGCAAAUGAUUAUUUUAAUUUAAAUUUAUGUUUGUGUUUGCACUGAACAUCUCAAGCAAUAAUUUAUACCACAAACCUCUCAGGGUAAUGUUUGUCUCAACAUAAGGCUUCGGUCACACAAGCAUAAUGGUGCAUGUAAAGGAACCCCAUCAGAGGAAAGCAAAAAAA